ACCGUCACGCGUUCGUUGUUCGAACCGUUCGAAUUUGAACUUCUGUGUGGUGUCUGGUAGUAGUUGCAGAGAGAGGGGGACAUGGUUUGCUAAAAGGGAUAAGAUGAUGAAGCUUGCAGGAUAUUCCCUGGCCGUUUCAUUUGCUCCCAUAAGUUCCAAUGUCGUUAAAAGCAAUGGCAGAUUCACAUUAGGUAUAUCUCAUAGGAACACGUGCAGCUAUAGGCUGUUUUCUACUCAUGCCCAGAAACAACAAUUACAGGAGAAACCUGGUGUGGUUGCCAGAUACUACCUUCCUCCUUGGUUUAGUGUUGCUCCAAUGAUGGACUGGACAGACCAUCACUACAGGACUUUAGUGCGCCUCAUAUCAAAACAUGCUUGGCUGUACACGGAGAUGCUUGCAGCCGAAACAAUUGUUCAUCAAAAGGACAAUCUGGACAGAUUCUUGGCAUAUUCUCCAGAUCAGCAUCCCAUUGUGCUUCAAAUUGGAGGGAGUAAUAUAGAAAAUUUGGCUAAAGCAACUGAGCUUGCUAAUGUUUAUUGCUACGAUGAGAUCAACUUAAACUGUGGGUGCCCUAGUCCAAAAGUUGCUGGGCAUGGGUGUUUUGGUGUGAGCCUUAUGCUUAACCCCAAGUUUGUUGCUGAGGCCAUGUCAGCAAUUGCUGCCAGCACAAAUGUACCUGUCAGUGUCAAAUGUCGAAUUGGCGUGGAUGAUCAUGAUUCUUACAAUGAGUUGUGUGAUUUCAUAUAUCAGGUUUCUUCUUUGUCACCCACUAAGCACUUCAUAAUUCACUCACGGAAGGCACUUCUCAAUGGCAUUAGCCCUGCUGAAAAUAGGAGUAUUCCUCCACUAAAAUAUGAAUACUUCUAUGGUCUCUUACGUGACUUUCCUGACCUAAGAUUUACAAUCAAUGGUGGCAUUACUAGAGUUGAUGAGGUUAGUGCAGCUCGAGAAGCUGGGGCUCAUGGUGUUAUGGUUGGACGUGCAGCAUACAACAAUCCUUGGCAGAUUUUGGGACAUGUUGACACUGCUAUUUAUGAUAAACCAAGCUGUGAUCUUACACGACGUCAGGUCCUUGAAAAAUAUCUAGUCUAUGGGGACUCAGUGUUGGGAAAAUAUGGACAUAGGUCAACUUUACGAGAUGUUGUGAAGCCUUUACUCCAUCUUUUCCAUUCGGAACCUGGGAAUGGACUUUGGAAGCGCAAAGCUGAUGCUGCUUUCAAAAAUUGCACGACAAUCGAAUCAUUUUUUGAAGAAACCCUUGUAGCAAUUCCCGACUCAGUAUUGGAUUCACUUGUUGCGGAGCCACCACCUGGCCGUGAUCUUUUUGCUAACAUGCACAAUUUAUUGCCUCCACCAUACAGAACGAGAGAAGAAGCAAUAAUUAUUUGCGCUUAAGUCAUGUGUACUCUGCAAAACCAAGUUGUGAUCAUUGCCAUUUUUUUAUUUUUUAUUUUUGUGAAAUCUAGUGAUAGUAUGUAACAAUUCAUAUUAAUACAACAUAGAUAUACCUGCACAAUGCACAAUGCACAAUGCACAAGGGUACUUGAGUAAUUUUCUCCUUUUUUCCCCUAGUGGCAGUUUGGAUGCCAGCAACCUAUCUUCUACUUUAUCUGAUAUAUGUUUAGCAGACUUGCAAAAAAUUCUUUGAGACGCUUAAGAGUGUGCCUGUGUCUGUGUUCUCUUAAACGUAAUGCAAAAGCAACUUUUCCCCUGUUU